AUGAGGUUCGCGGUUCUCUCCACCCUCGUUCUCGCUGCGACGGCCUUGGCUGGCCCUUUAAAUGCCCGUGCGGAGUCUAGCUCUAGCUCGUCUGUAUCCUCGACUGCUGCAUCUUCGAAAAACACUGGAUCCGCCAACAACUCGAAUAAGAACCAGAAUUCGAAUAACAAGAGCAACAAGAACACUGGCAACAACCAGUCGAAGAACACCAACAACAAGAACACCAACGGCAACAUCGACUGCGCGAAGGUCAAUGGGAAGACGCUCAGCAACACCAUCGACCGCGCACAGAAGGAGCUGGCGCGCAUUAACGCGUUCAACGGCAUCAAAGACGCGAAGCCCAUCUUCGAGGCGCAGUUAUCGCUCCUCGACGCGCUCAAGGCUGGCACCGCGCAAGCGGGCAACCAACAGCAGCUCGCGGCCAACAACGACGCGCUGACCAAGUCGCUCGACGACGCGAAGAAGCUGGUCGGCCAAAUUCAGGUUGACGACUCCAUCUUGAAAAAGAACAACAACCAGAAUAACCAGAACCAGAACCAGAACAAGAAUGCCGCCGACAAGGCCGCUGCUGACAAGAAAGCCGCUGACAAGAAAGCCGCUGACGAGAAGGCCGCUGCCGACAAGAAGGCUGCCGACGAUAAGAAAGCGGCUGACGAGAAGAAGGCCGCCGACAACAAGGCUGGCGCUGCCAACAACAAGGCUGCCGACGACAAAGCCGCUGCUGACAAGAAGGCCGCCGACGACAAAAAGCAGGCGGGCGACAAGAAGGAGGCCCGGGCUGAAAACGACAGCAAGACCGGCACCGCUAACAAGACUGGUACCGCCAACAAAAACGGCGCUGCUAACGUCCAGAAGAACGGCAACAGCCAGAACAAAAACGCCCAAAAGAAGAACACCAACAGCAACAAAAACGCCAACAACAAGGCUGCCCAGCAGCUGAAGAAGGCGGAGAAGCAGUUGAAGGUCAACGAGGGCCGCAUCAAGAAAGCUCAGGGUCUUGUUGAUGCCGCUGCGGCCAUCCAGCAGUGCCUGCUCAAGGGCAAUGACGGUCAGAACAAAAAUGGCAACAACAACCAGAACGCUGCCGACAAAGCCGCUGCCGACAAGAAGGCCGCUGACGAGAAGGCUGCCGCCGACAAGAAAGCUGCCGCCGACAAGAAAGCUGCCGCCGACAAGAAAGCUGCUGAUGACAAGAAGGCUGCCGACGAGAAGAAAGCCGCCGACGCCAACAAAGGCCAGAACAACGCAGCUAACAACGGCAAUGCAGCGAACAACGGCCAGAAUAAGAACACGGCCACCUCCACGAGCUCUAGCGCAGACUCAAAGGAGACUGCCAACAAGGCGGGCGCCAACAACGAGAAGGUCAACGUCCUUCCGUUCCCCCGCAGGAGGGGUCUGAGCCGUCUCAGCGAGCUCGAGUACUGA